AUGAUUUCCUAUAUUCUAAAUUAAAGUACGUCUUUCCAGACUAGUGAAAAUAAGUUUGAUGAAGUCAAUAGAGGAACACAAACUUUCCGUUAUAAAAACAGAUAAUUAGAAGCCUAAAAAGAAAAGUUAUCCACUGAAUGUGACCCAUUGUAAGAAAGAACCAUAGGUGGAAAUGUAAAUAUCAUGUUUUCUAAGUUCUAGAUGAAAACUUAAUUUAAAAGAAAGAAUGAUGAAUUCGAUCCCAUCAAUUGUGUAAAAAAUCUGAUAAACUUAUCUCUAAAUGUUCUUGAAGAUGAAUUUUAAGUGAUUCAUUAAUAACAGAAUCAAAACAAUUAAUAUUCUCAUAUAAGUUUAGAAAUGUAAAUGAUAGACCAAAGUGAUAUUGAAGCAUUUAAGUUGCCACCAACUGCUCAAUAAUUUUAAUAACCUAACAAGAAAACACAUAAAAAGCCAAAGAACAAGAAAAAUAAAGUGGAUUCACAAAAAAAACCCCAAAAAAACUAGACCUUCACCCAAAAACAACAUCAUCAACAACCUUAGAUCGAAUAAUAGAUUAAGGAGAAAUAAUGUAAUUAAACUUCUCCCUCUAAUACUCAUAAGAUGAAGUAUUAAACAACUUCAUAAAAAUAAUAAAUAGUUAGUAGUUUGAAUCAAAUAUAGAAAAUAGAGCAGAAAUCCAAAAAAGAUUCCAGUGAUUUGGAUGCCUAAUUUAAUCAUAUUGGUGCUGUAAGUACUACAACAGGGAAUUCCCAAUCAGAAUCAGACGACUGUCAAUUGUAAUAGGAUGAGAACAAUCAGAAGAACUCAAGUAUCUAAAAGCAAAGCAACAAGGAGAAAUAUAAAAAGAAAAAUUAAAAUAAUGUAGAAAUAGUUGGAAACAAACAAUAUCCAUAUUCUUCAUAGACUACUCCUAUUAAACGUAAAUAAUUAAACCUAAACAAAUCUAAAACACAAGACAUCGAUGAGUUUGUGAAUAACAUACAAGUUAAGAGUUUUUAAAAUAAAAUACGAAAACGAAUAUGCUUCAAUAGAUUACAUUAUAUUAUUUCCAUGAAUUCAGACCUUAAUAUAUAUGCUUAUGGAUCUUUCGAAACGGGACUAGAUUUAGAAGUAAGUGAUGUUGAUAUAGGAAUCUGGGGGACUUAAACGUUGAGUUAUAAUCAGAUAGUUAACUUUUUAUAGUCAAUAAAUUAACUAUUAAAAUAGACACCUUUUUUAGUCAAUUCAAAACUAAUUCAAAGUCAUAUGCCCAUACUGAAAUUGGAGCUUAAUCCCAAGACUGCGUUUUACAAUGAUGACGCUUAUAUUUAACAGAAUUGGCAAAGUUUCCAUUUGGAUCAAUAAGAUUCAGGCAAAAUCAUUCAAGUGGAUUUAACUUGGAUUUACUAGUGGAGCAAUAUCUACAACAAUCCACACUUGGGAUUUGCUUCAACCACGAUCAUCAAGGAUUGGGUGAAUAGAUUUUAUUGGUAUAGGGAUAUAAUGCUCAUUUUAAAGUAUUUGCUCAAAUCCAAAAAUCUGAAUGAUGCUCAUACAGGAGGAAUAUCUUCAUUUUGUUUGUCAAUAAUGUUAGCUGCCAUCUAUAUGUGCAAGCAUUACACUCAAAAUGAUAAAAAAUCUAUUCUUCUUGACUUUUUAAAAAAGUAUGCAACUUAAUUUGAUCCCUUAAAAGAGGGCAUUUACAUAGAUGGUUAUGGGUAAUUAAACCCAUUUAUUGCCUUGGAUGAAUGUCCCCCAUAUAAUCCUCUCACAAUAUACUCACCAAUUAAUUACUAAAUAAUAUCUCAAAAAGCUAUUAGAUUUCCUGAGAUCUAGGAAGAGUUUAAAAAGCUAUAUGAACAUCUGACGAAGUCUAAUAAAAUUCAAGAUUACUUUGACAUUCCCUAAAAAGUGAAUUAAUAAUUAUUUAUAUGA